AUGGACAACCUAGCAGACCGGCUGCGAAAGCAGCUACCAGAUACGCCUCCAGUGUCACCUCCCGUCGGCUUUGCUGGUCAGAAUGGUUUCAGCACACCACUGUUCCAGUCUAAGCCGAACAUAUUAUACAUCAUGGCCGAUCAGCUGGCCGCACCACAGCUGAAUAUGUACAACAAAGACUCACAAAUCAAGACGCCAAACCUUGACAAGCUCGCGGAACGAUCUGUGGUGUUUGACUCAGCAUACUGCAAUGCACCACUAUGUGCACCCAGUCGCAUGGCCAUGAUCAGUGGCCAGCUCCCGUCCAAAAUAGGUGCUUACGACAAUGCCUCGCCGAUAUCCGAAGACACACCAACAUACGCUCAUUACCUACGCAAGCAAGGAUACGAAUGUGUACUGGGAGGGAAGAUGCAUUUCAUCGGCGAUCAACUUCAUGGCUACGAGUAUAGGCUCACGCCGGAUAUCUAUCCAGGUGAUAUGGGAUGGUCAGUGAACUGGGACGAGCCGGACACCAGGCUGGAAUGGUACCACAACAGUGCAUCGAUCCUGCAGGCGGGACCAUGUGUUAGAAGCAACCAGCUCGACUAUGAUGAGGAGGUCAUGUACAAGGCUAAGCAGUUCAUGUACGAUCAUGUACGGAAGCCGGUAGGUAGCAGGCCUUUCUGCCUCACAGUAUCGCUCACUCACCCACACGACCCGUAUACAAUUGAGAAGAAGUACUGGGAUAUGUACGAGGAUGUCGAGAUUGAUAUGCCAAAGGUCAACAUUCCCAAGGAUCAGCAAGAUCCUCACAGCAAGCGUCUGCAGCAUGUCUGCGACCUUGAGGACUACGACUUCACUGACGCUCAGGUGAAGAGGGCCAAGCGUGCGUACUAUGGUGCCGUCAGCUAUGUCGACGACUGCAUUGGCAAGCUGCUUGACACACUGGAGCAGUGUGGCUUGGAUGAUAACACCAUUAUUGUCUUCUCUGGCGAUCAUGGCGAUAUGCUUGGAGAGCGUGGCCUCUGGUACAAGAUGUCUUACUUUGAGUCUUCUGUCCGCGUGCCACUGCUCUUCAGCUAUCCCAAGCUGUGGCAUCCACACCACGUUCCGCAAAACGUCAGCACGUUAGAUAUGCUGCCAACUCUUGCCGAAAUAGUCGGUGCCAAGCUCAUCCCAGGUCUGCCGAUGGAUGGCAAGUCGAUGGUGCCUCAUCUGCGAGGAAAGGACACCCACGACACCGUCUUCGCCGAGUAUAUGGGCGAAGGCACCGUCGCACCCAUGAUGAUGAUCCGUCGCGGCAACUGGAAGUAUAUCACCUGCCCAGCGGACCCAGACCUGCUCUUCAACCUCGCGGACGACCCAUCAGAGCUGAAAAACCUCGCCGCGAGCGACGAACCUUUCACUAAAAAGGUCUACAACUCCUUCGUGGACGAAGCCACGACCAAGUGGGACAUGGAGAAGAUCACCGAGGACGUCCUGAAACGCCAACGUCAGCGCAUGUUCUGCUACUCUGCGCUGAAACAAGGCUUGUGGACGCCAUGGGAUUACAAGGUGCCCGAUGACAGCCAGAACAAGUAUAUCCGUAGCCACAUGGAGCUGGAUGACUUGGAGCGGCGUGCUCGGUUCCCCAUUGUCGAUACUUAUGGGCAGGUAUUGAGAACCCAACCUACAGCGCAGAGCAAGGACAAGUUGUCGGCGAACAUUGCUGCGGCGUUUAUCCCUCACCAGGCUGGUGCUUGUGGGCAGUAA